GAGAGGAGCAUUCAAGAGAGAGCACACGCAAUUUUACAUCCUUUCCAUCUCUUCUCUCACCCACUCUGUGUCUGCCUUCCUCUCUCUCUCUCUCUCUCUCUCUCUCUCUCUCUCUCCCUCUCUCUCUCUCCUCCUCUCCCUCAGACACACAUACACACACACGUGCAAAGGCAGACCCCCCUCUCACACAGGAGUAGAUAGAGAGCGGUGAAGAGCAGAAGGAGCUGGGUGGCAAGGAGAGAGACAGGAGGGCUGUUGUUGAUUGAACAAAGCCAGGAAAGGAGUGCGCAGUCCUGGGGAGAACAGCAGCUGUGAAAUGCCUCGGAGGGAGCCUGCCAGCUACUCCUGCAGAGACCUGAAGGUGUUGAGCUGCAGUUGAGGAUGGCAGGAGAUUCUCGAGUCCUCAUGGACCACAACAUGGAGAUAGGAGUCACACCUGCACAGGUCAAGAAGCUUCCUAAACACCUGCGGGAAGCUCAGAUAUCGACAGAGCGAACCCACUUGAUUUCUGAUCCUGCAAAGAAGCCACGGCAGCGGUACGUGCAGAAGGACGGCAAGUGCAAUGUUCAUCACGGAAAUGUGCAAGAGACCUACCGUUACCUCAGUGACUUAUUCACGACACUGGUGGACCUACGUUGGCGUCUUAGUUUCUUCAUUUUUACUUUGGUCUAUGUAGUCAACUGGCUUUUCUUUGGCUUUCUGUGGUGGCUGAUUGCACUCAUCCGUGGGGAUCUGUUGCAUGCUGAUGAGGAGGGCUGGACCCCCUGUGUGGAAAACCUCAACAGUUUUGUCUCAGCUUUCCUAUUCUCCAUUGAGACAGAGACAACCAUCGGGUAUGGGUAUCGCGUAAUCACAGAAAAAUGCCCUGAAGGCAUCAUACUUCUUUUGGUGCAGGCCAUCUUGGGUUCCAUUGUUAACGCCAUGAUGGUGGGGUGCAUGUUUGUGAAGAUCUCACAGCCAAAGAACCGUGCCGAGACCCUCAUGUUCUCACAUAAAGCUGUCAUAUCUGUGAGAGACAACAAGAUGUGCCUGAUGUUUCGGGUGGGGGACCUGAGGAACUCUCACAUUGUGGAGGCGUCAAUCCGAGCGAAGCUGAUCCGCUCGCAGCAAACCAAGGAAGGGGAGUUCAUCCCACUCAACCAGACUGACAUAAACAUCGGCUUUGACACGGGAGAUGACCGCCUGUUUCUGGUGUCACCGCUCAUCAUCUCUCAUGAGAUCAAUGAGAAGAGCCCCUUCUGGGAGAUGUCACUGGCGCAAAUGGAGAAGGAAGAGUUUGAGAUCGUUGUUAUCCUUGAGGGCAUGGUGGAGGCUACAGGGAUGACCUGUCAGGCGCGAAGUUCCUACCUGGACACAGAGGUGCUUUGGGGCUACCGCUUCACCCCCGUUCUCUCCCUGGAAAAGGGCUUCUACGAGGUCGACUACAACAACUUCCACGAUGUGUACGAGACCAACACCCCUACCUGCAGCGCCAAGGAGCUAGCUGCUAAGCUUCGGGAGGGGCCCCUAUUGCCUCAGCUUUCUCUUCUUAGCCCUGAGCCCAAAAUGCACACUUUUGACCCCUUAGACCGCCUGUCCAAAGGGGACCCACUUACCCAGGAUGAGGACAAAGACGAGAGAGAUUCAGGGGGUGACAGAGGAGAGACCAAUGGCUCAGCCGCUGCUUUGGAGGAGCCGCCCCUGCCUGAUGGACUGCCUGACUGAUGGCCGAAUCAGCUAAAACACCAGCAAAGACUGGACUAGAGGACAGGACAAUAUAAUGCUUCAUUUAGUCAAUGGCCAGCUUGUUCCAUUGCAGUGCUUGGAGAUACGAGACAUCUUUCUCCAACACCUGACUCAUGCAAUACUCCUCUACUAGAGUGUCAAUCUAGUAUAGAUUGUUUUUAGACACGUAAGUAUACAUACACGGACACACACGUACAAUAUCUAUAUAAAGGUUGGUGGUUCAGAUUGUGUUUUUAUAAUCGCAAUGACCACUUUCAGCUAUAACAGCUCAAGUUGUAUAAUGUAAACUUGAGCGGAAACUGGUAGCCAUGACAGAGUACCAUGGGCUUAUUAUGGAUACACCAAUAUUCUCAUAUACAGUGUGUUAAUUCAGCUUUAUUUAAGCAGCGUAACAGUCUCAUAAUUCAGCUUAACAUCUGACAGCAGCUUGUGCGUGGUAACAGAACCUUAUUAUUGAUUCAUUUUUAAAUGUGGGAGAUCAUUAUUUCCUUACUGUAUGUGUGUUAUUCUGUGUCCAAGCCCCCUUAACUUGGAGGAAAUACAGCGUCUAUUUUGCAUAGGCAAGAGAAGUUGUAGAAAAUCACUCUGAGAGGCAACAUGUACUGGCAGAAACAAACUAGUUCUGUUUUCUUUGGCUUUUCCACAUGGUCGUGCUGUCUUGAAUACUCUCAUUGUAUGUGUCUGAUUGUCUCUCCAACACCUUGCCCCAAAAGUAAGCAGCUAGUACCUCAUUUUGAUACUCAUUUUCAGGGUUUAAAAUGAACAUUAACAACUACACAUAUGUUGGUAAUGUUUGUAUGUGCUAUUUUGGAAAAACCCUGACUGGUUUAAGAUUUAAUUCCCAUUCCCACUAUACUAACUAACUAAAACAUUAAUUCAAUGCCCUUUUCUUGGUACAUAAAGCACAAUUUCCCAAGAGAUGAUAACACCACGCUGACCUAACCGCCCACCUCGCCUCGCUACUGGCUGAUGCAUGUCAGUCCUAGUUAAAAGUGACAUUCAAAUGUAGAUUCAAAUAUUUUAUAUGAAAUAUUUAUUCUCAGCCGCUAUUUGAAAUGUUCUUGAUUUUUUUAUACACUGUACACAUGAAUAUUUCAGAAAUGCUCCACAAGCUAAAUGAAAUGACCCAUGUAUCCAUUUGUGUUUGUUUUCUUUUUAUUUUGAAAUAUUUAAGAGAUAUUCCACCUGGAGAUUUUUCAGUGGCAUUAUAGACAUGUUUACGGACGAAAGAAGGAAAUUAUAUUCUGUCCACUAACUUUUACAUCUGCCCAUCAUUUGGAUUAGUUUUUGUCAAUUUUAAACCAUAUCUUAUUAUUGAAGGCCUCCUUUGCACAGACAUACUUAAUUCAUCCUUCACUUUGGCCCCUGGAUCUUUUGCUUGAUGUAGUUUAUGACAGUCACAUCUGUUUUGGAAGCUGACACUUGGCUGUGGGGGCCAUAGCCUACAAUACUUUGUGGAUUUUAUUCAAAGAGACACGUGUCAGAGCUUGCAUGCAUGAAUAUCCCCAAAUGCCCUCCCCCUCCAUUGCUGAGUAAGUUUAAUACAGUAACAAAUACAGGGUAUUUUUUAGGCAUGCAAAUUAUGAGAUUUCUACACUAUAUUAUGAGUUAAUGUAAUAUUACUGAAAUAUUAUUUGUUGAAAGAAAAAGAGAUUCCUGAUACUUUAAAAUCUCCCACUCCCCAAUUCAGUGUUUUUGUUUUUUGUCUUCUAACAGAUGCUUGCCCAAUCAAUGUGUUUAUUUCAGUGUGACAUUAUAGCAUCUUACUAUGUAUUCCAUUUGCUAAAUGAUACGUUUGUCAUUAGAGAGAGAUCAUCUUUCAUUGCUGGAAUGUCAUCUGUUUUCUGUGUGUUCUCAUGGGAAUAAACAUAAUAUGGCCGAAAGAACA